UCCCAUUACGUCCCGCCGUUGAACCGUACAAACACGAAGAAGAUAAUGGUAUGGAGUUUCAGUUUACAGUGGAAAUCAUUUUUUUCCAGUUCACCUCCACAGCCAUCAUCUUCAAGAAAAUAAAAACUCCAUUUUUAUCAAAUUAUCAACCAAACAACAAUUGAAUAGAAAGUAUUUGCGAAUUAAAACCCGAAGAACAAGAAAAUGUCUGCUUUUCAUGUCUCAAAGUUAAUCAUCACUACGCAUGCCUCAUCGACUCAUACGAAAUUCCCCUGUUUUUCACUUUUCCGGAAAUCCCUAUCGUUUCCCAACUCAGUUCCUCGAUCUCAAAGGAGAAUCGCAACCUUUGUUUCUUCGAAAUCGUCGGAAGCCGGAGAGUUGCCUACGGCGGAAGAUGACUGGCUCAGCAGGCUCCCGGAGAGGAACAAACCCCUGUACUCUCACGGCUUGCCCUGCAUUGAAGCAUGGCUUGGGAGCUUAGGGUUUUAUCAAAGCAGAGAGGAGCGUGCUGUUUGGUUGAUUGAAAAACCUGAUUGGCAUGCCCAGUUAUCUCUCGAUGUCACUGAUCUUUACGUAAGGUACUUGAAGAAUGGACCUGGGAAUCUUGAAAGAGACAUCGAAAGGCGAUUCAGUUAUGCAUUGAGUAGAGAGGAUAUCGAAAAUGCAAUACUUGGAGGACCAUAAAGACGUUGAGUUAGUUCCUCCUCAUGUAUAACUUUCAAUCAAGCAGUUGCAUAGUGUUUAAGAUGUCAGUUUAUCCACUUCCUGAACUUUGAGGAUAUCAUAGCACUGCAAAUUUGCAAUCUAAUGAUAUUGUGAUGCUUGUUUCCCUAUCUUCCUAGUUAUAUUUUAUGUUUAAAUUCUGUUU